UGUCUGUAUAUAAAAUGAGAAACAAAACACAUUUGAAACAAUAAUCAAAAUGUCAACACACACAUUUGAUUAAACUUAUUUCAAGUUGCUGGUUUAUUAAAGAUCAGUUGAUUCUAACAAAGUGAAGUCUUCUGAACACAUGUACAACCAUGAAGAAAUAUCUGAGGCUGCUUGAGGUCAUUUUGAGACGUGGACAGAUGGAGCCAAGAAUGAAAGAUGGAACAAGAGGAGAGACAGAAAAAUGACAAAGUGGAAGAAAGUCUCUGUUUUCAGUAGAGAAUGUGCAGAGAUGUAAAGAAAUGUAAAGAGUUCUCUAUCAUGGGACACAAUGUGACAAGAGUUAUUAAUAUAGUGUAGAGAGAGGUUUACCUGUUUAUCUUUCUAGUAAAGGUUUGAACACAUUGAAUAGUUGUCAGCAGGAACAAGACAAAACUUUACGUCCCCUUGCAGCCCCUCUGCUGUCCUUCAGUGGCAGCGCAAGUGUCUUUAGGUGGUGAUGAGCUGGAUUUCCUGUCACAUGGUUCAAUAUGAAGGUUGAAGAGGAAACAUGGUCCAGUGCUGUGACUGAUGUGUUUGUGAAGAGAGGAGAUGAUGUACUUCUGGAAGUCAUGGAUGAUGUUACAAAGGACUUAGAGUUUCUUCGAUGGACAGUUAAUACAAACAGUGUUUUAGUAGAAUAUUCACUUGGUGGAAAACCAACAGUCCCUGAAGGUUACACUGGAAGGGUUGAGUUCUCUGUGGAAAAUUACUCGUUGAAAUUAAAGAAUCUACAAGAUGACGACAGUGGAGUUUAUACAGCACGAGUGACAGGAGAUGAAGAACAAACAAUAACUAAAUACAUGGUCACAGUUGAAGGUCCAGUGUCUCCAGUUGAUCUGAAUCCAGACUCUGUGUCCAUCAGCUCAGACUCCUGUAACCUCACUGUGACCUGCAGCACAGAGGACUCACACAUCAGCAGCACUUUCACAUGUGACACCAAAACCUGCUCUCAGGAGGGAGGAGACCAAUCAAAGGUCACCAACUCUGGUGCUUCCCUCCGUGUCCACCUGUUGAAUGAUUCAAUCAUCUGUUACCAUAGCAACCAAAUCAGCUGGACUCAGAAUAUGACACAGAUUCAGGAUUUCUGUCCCCUACAUGCUGGUCUCUCUGAUGGUGUCUCCAUCUGUCUGGUGAAGACAGUCGUGUUCUCUGUUGGUCUGAUCAUCAUGGUGUCUGUCGUCAUCAGUGUCCACCUCAUGGAGAAGAUCAGGAAACUAAAAUCAAAUCAAAUGUACAUAGAGUUCACUCUCUUACAGUGAAAAAAUUGAAUUUGCUUGUGGAUUUUUUUCUCUUACAUCACUGCUAUUUUUGUUUUAAUAAAAUAAAAGCAUGUUGUUUUCUAACAGGGAUAAAUAAAGUCCUACCUUGUCCUAAAAUAUCUUUCUCUGAUACUUGGACUGAUGCUCUGCAUUGAAGCACCAGUCAACCAAAGUACUUCAGUACUUCAGUCUUAUUCAGUCUCUUAUCUAGAAAACUUCAGCGUGAACUGCAGAUUUUUUACAAUUAAAAAGCUCGACUGCUUUUAUUUUUUGAUACAUUUCAUGUUGUUUUUUUUCUGUUAUAAUGUGUAAAUGAGAAAUGUAGCAGUAUUGGAACAACUGUAGGAGUUUAGGAGGCUACAGACCAGCAACAAGGUGGUUUUUUAACAGCUUAUGUUUGAAAUUAGUUUCACAUUGUUAUCAAGUACAUGUUGGAGUCACUGCCACACCCAGUGUCAUGGUGAAUGUUUGUUGGAACUUUUUUCAUUUACCCUGAACAUGAGUGAACACAGAGUUGAGUGACUUAACUCACUUCAGCUGUUGGAUUGGUCAGAGCUAAUUUACAGUUUUAUUUUUAAUUCAAUCCUCAAAAAUAUAUACUUUGCAUUACUUGUUGUGAUCCUGCUUUAUGUUUUUAUUCAGUGAAGCAGUUUGUGUUGCAUUUUUAUUGCAUGAAAAAUACAUAAAUAAAGUUUGAUUUGAAUUGA